AUGUCGAAUGAAAGUGGUUUAAAACUUUAUACAUCCCAUCCAUGGGAAUUAAUAAAGACAAUUUAUUUAGUUUUAACAUGGAUUGUUUUGGGAAUGCAUUUGGAAAUUGUUGGACCGACAUUACAAAUCUUAGCAGGACAAACAAAUGUUGAUACAACUGGAAUAAGUACAAUAUUAGUUAUACGUGGUGCUGGAUAUAUGUUUGGAAAUAUUAUCGGAGCAUUAACACAGAAAAUAGCGAAAAAAUAUCCAGAAUUUUUAUUAACAGGUUCAUUUUUAGUUGCAGCAAUUGUUGUGUUUUUUACUCCGUAUAUUCACAAUAUUUAUUUAUUAUCAACAAUAAGUUUUUUUCAAGGAAUUUCUCAAGGAAUCACUGAUCUGGGUGGAACAAGUUUAAUGUUAACAAUGUGGGCUGAUAAUGUUGCAGCUCCAUUAAAUGUUGUUCAUUUAGGAUAUGGUUUUGGUGCUGUUUUUGCUAAUUUAUUAGUUCGUCCAUUUCUUUCGGAAAAUGGUCAAUCAAAUAUUCGAAUUCCUUAUUCAAUUGUAGCCAUUAUUUGUUUUCUAAUUACUAUUGGUCAUUUGGUUUUUGCUAUUCGUGAACAUCAAAUCAAGAAAAAGGCUUUAAAAGAUCGUCCAGUAGAAUAUUCAUCAGUUUCCACUACAAAAGAAACGAUUGUAGAAAAGGAAAUAUCUUCAUAUUCUCCUCGUUCAUGUGGAAAUGGUUAUUUUGGAUAUGGAUUGUCUAUGUCAAUUAUUUGGAUCUUUUAUAUGUUUUUUCUUAGUGGAAAUGAUCAAACAUUUGGGAAAUUUUUCUUUGCUUAUAUUCAAAAAUCGAAAUUGUCAACAUCAAGUGGUGAUGCUGUUAUUUUUAUGAUUGUUUAUUGGCUUUCAUAUUCAGUUGGUCGGUUAAUUUGUGCAAUUAUCGUUGUUUUCGUUCCUGUUCACAUUUCUUUGUGUGUUUUAUGGAUAUUUGGAUUUCUUUUAGCAAUAACUUGGUUUAUAUUUGUUUGGUUAAUUGGUCUAACAAGUACAAAUUUAUUAAUUCUUGGUGCAUUUACUGGUUUAGUAUUUUCACCAACAUUUCCAUUAUCAUUUGCAUUUAUAAAUCAAAGAUUAAAUGUUAAUCCAUUACUUGUUGGUCUUCUUCUUUGUGGUGCAUCAUCAGGUGCGAUGGUCUUUCAAAAAAUAGGAGGAUAUGUUUUAGAUGAACAACCGAAUCAUUUUCCAACAAUUCUAAUUACUUGUGUUAUUCUUGCGAUCAUUUGUUUUAUUAUGGCUUUAAUCAUUAGUUCAAUUCAUCAAAGAAAACAUCCAAUUAAACAAAAAGAUAAUCCAAUUCGAAAUGAACAAAACAAACAAAUUGAAAGUUAUGUUGAUCAACAAUUAUAA